UGUGGCAUUGUGUUUGCGACGGUCGAUAUGAGGGGUUUAUGGAGGGGCAAGAUACCUACGGGGUAGGACGGCUGCACCUCGAAUUUUCUUGUUUCAAUUAAGCAGAGUUAAAAGGAAAAUUCAAUAUUACUCUGCUUAUAACGGUAUAUAGUGACUUCUUAAUUAUUUAACGUGACACGAAGUUAUUAUAAACGCAUCAUCAUGGGGUCUACUGUGGCUAGAAUGAGGCGUAUGUGGCGAUGCAUGUUUUCUCCUCGACUCUACAAGAUUUACUUCGAUGGACGACAAGAGGAUCCGUAUCGCCCGGUCGGAGUUGAAAAGAUUGGUGAAAGGACCCUUGCAACGGCCUAUACCGCUAUCAGAAUCGGUUAUUAUGCAACUCCAUUGAUCUGCCUAUACAUAAUCCAACGUGGCUUUCUUUCAAUGGAAGAAGUAAAAACUUUAAUGCGCUUCUUCGGAGGCAUCGGCUGUAUAGCUACUGUUUUCUUCGUAAUGCGAGCAUAUGGAAGAUCUUACAGUCCGAAAUAUUUGAAAUUCAUUGACACUUUGGACUCUCCCAUGGACGACAAGAAUGCGUAUCUGAAGGCGAUCAGGAAAUACGAUUUCGACUUCUCCGCUUGGCCUGUAACCUUUACCGCUGAUCCCGAAGAAAGGCAAGAAAGCUGGCUGCAGAACCACCCUUUUGCGAAAUGCGCGAACAUGGACUUACCUGUUUAUCAGAGGGUUAUAAUCCAAAUUUUGGCUUUUAUUGCGGCCCAUACCUUCGGUAUUCGUCUCAUCUACCCAGGAUCAUUGUUCUUGAUACAUAAUCUGUUAUGGAGCGGUCUGCUCAGUGGACGCACUCAACUCGUCGAGUACUACAACGGGGAGCGCGCCAAGAUCUGCACUUCCGACGGAAACCAUAUCGAGACAAUGUUCGUUGAAAGCCGACACAAGUCAUUCAAAGGUAGGACCCUGAUCAUCUGCUGCGAGGGAAACUCUGGUUACUAUGAGAUUGGCGUUAUGACGACACCGGUCAAAGGUGGAUUUUCCGUUCUCGGCUGGAACCACCCUGGCUUCGGCGGAAGCACUGGAACACCAUUCCCGGAUCAGGAAAAGCGUGCCAUGGACGCUGUAAUCCAGUAUGCCAUUUACGAGCUUUUCUUUGCCCCCGAAGACAUAGUGAUUUACGGAUGGAGCAUCGGUGGCUUCACAGCCGCAUAUGGUGCCGCUAACUAUCCGAUUAAAGCAUUGAUUCUGGACGCGACCUUCGAUGACCUUUUGCCGCUGGCCAAGAAUCAGAUGCCUUCCUCGUGGUCUCGUCUGGUGAAGGAAGUAAUUCGCUCUUAUGUGGACCUGAACAUUGGCGAACUAGUCAACCAGUACGAAGGACCUCUUCAAUUGAUCAGGAGGGGUGACGAUGAGAUUAUUUGCUUGAGGUCUGGCGACAUCACCACUAAUCGUUGCAACAACCUAGCGUUGAAAGUAAUAAGCCAUCGCCAUCCGAAACUGGCCAAAGAUGAGGACUAUAUGAGGCUUUUCGUGAACUGCGUUGCCAUGACCGAGAACGAGCGCGUGGAGGCCUAUGAAACUGAUAUCACUUCCAACGAACGUACUGUGCUGGAUGUGGUGUCGCUGUACAUGCGUGACUUCGCUUCGAACCACUGCACCGCCCUGCCGGAGACCCACUUUGACAUGAUCAUGGAGUUGCUCGAGGUAGCCCCAGGUGUGCAGCGAGAACUUAAUUCUUAAGCUUAUUACAAUAUCUCUUUUGCAUUAAUUGUUUAAUGACUAUUCUUGGAACUUUUACUAGGAAUGGUAAUUUUGAAAUUGGGUAUUUAUGGUGCGUAGUCUGCUAACGCAGCAAGGAUCGGUAUAAAGUUUCAGGUCUUAAAUUAAAUUUAAAAUGUUUCCCGUAUAUUUUAUCACAUUGAAUCAUAAUCAUGUUACACCCUUAGGGUGAUUAAUGUCUAACUUAAUUUAUUCAUACUGCUUGUGACACAGGCUCACAAGUUCCGUUGAUGUGGUAGUUUUAAUGUGUUUUUGAAAGUAUUACUCCAACUUUGUCAAUCUUAAUUGAUAUUCGUAAUCUGGUAGAGGGUUCGAGGUGUUUAAUAAAUAAUAGGUGUCUAUUUAAUAUACACGACUUCGUGUAUACGGCCGAAAUAUGGUGUAUUAUGUGCAAUAUAUUUCGUUUUAUUUAAUCACCAGUAUAAUGGAUAUUUCUAAUAUUUUUAACAUUUCUGAUUUUAAAUUCAAGCUCAAAAUGGAGUGACAGUUAAGACUAUCUGAUACAUAUACACGUUAUAUACGAAGUAAACGUAACUAGAUAAUUUAGAACUUUCCUCAAAUUAAAUAAGUUUGUAUUUAUUAAUUUUUAAGUAACUAUUUAUUUUAGAAGGAUCCAAUUAUCCAAUUGUUCUCGCUCAUUUGUUUUAAUAUUUUAAAAUAUCACAUAUUUAAGACUAUUGAAUUUACUGUAUUUUAAUAUUCGUCAAUGAAAUUGGUGUUGUAGUUAGUUUUAGAUAAUAAGUGUGUUGCAUGAUAUUAUGCUAUUUUAAUCCAAUGACUGGACGUCUAAUAUUUAUUAGAAGAAUUAAAGUUCAAA